AUCAAGGAGCCCGAUGAAUUAAGUCCGUUUCUCAUAAGCUAGUUCAUUGCGCUCCACCGUUUCCCCGGUCGUUUCUAUGGUCUGCAGCCGCUGCCACCACCCCUGAUACUCCGCCGUUGGAUCUCUCUCUCUCUCUCUUAACUCGAUGUCCUUCUUCUUGUGUCGAAGUUUCAUGUUUCAGAUAUUAAUUUCAGUUGCUGACUUGUUUUCCCCCAAUGACAAAGAACCUCUUAGAAAAUUCGGACUACUCUCUUCACCUGUUCAAUGCUGCUUGCAGAAAAUGUUCGCACUGGAGAAAUUUGUAGCUUCUAAUGGGAGAAUCAUCUGGGGUUGGUUGUUCCUUAUCAUUGGAGCCUUUUCUUUCACAAGUUUCCUCUAUGCUGCUGUCAUAUCUAAGCUUCAGCCUCCAUCUCAUAAUGUUAUCAUCCGUGCCAUACAAAAUGACUGGUAUUAUUGCUUCUUGAUUCCCAUGACACUUCCAAUCCUUUUUGUUGCGGUGUAUUUUCAUUGGCUGAGCAUGAAGUUGUUCAAGCAUGCCUGAUCUUACAACUCCCACAGCAACAAUUCAGUAAGACCAGCUGCCGCUUUCGUGCACAUAAUCAAUCACCACCAUGAAAUGUGAUGACGCCGUGUUUCUCUGUGGAUGUCGAGCUCCCAUGGUACAAGAAACACCCAAAGCUUGAAAUUAGCAUUGGCUGUGUGUGUAUACACAACGGUGGGGAUUACAAUUCAUACCUGAGCUGCAUCAAUCACGGAAAUGCUGCAAAGCUUACUAGGCACAUUUUCUUACUUGAUCUUGUGUUUCUUGUUUUGGAACCUUCAUUGAUACGGUAACAACUCUCUUAACAUAUCAUACAACAAAAUGGAGCAUCAAAGUUUAUUGUUUAUUAGCACAAUGAUCUUAAUUUUUUAAUUAUACCAAUUUUUUUUAGUGUA